AUGGGAACCUUCUUCACCCACACUGCCUCCCUCGGCAUCCUCGCCCCCGUUUUCGGCGACACCUACCACCGCGCCCAGUCUGCCAACUCGAAGGAGGAGUUCAUCAAGUCCAAGGAGGCCGCCGGUGCUGCCGCCGCAUGGGGUAGCUCCUUGGUUGGAAGCGCCGUCCAGACCUACGGUGUGGCUGCUCUGAUCAACGCCACCGGCACUCUGAGCUACAAGGGCGCUGCAUACCUGGGCACAUUGAUUUUCUUCGCUAGCUCCGCUCCCGGUUUCGUCAGCCAGAUCUUCGCCGAGAAGCGACCCCUCGACACCGUUGCCGUUGGCGCCGUGUCACGGGUGUUCGAGACCGUCGGACUCAGCUUGUUCCUGACCUGGUGGGGAACUCGCACCAACCCCUUCGACUAA